AUGACCUUUCUCCCAUUGGAGGCCCUGAACGCCCAUUAUUCUGACAAGCAUGACUGCCCGCUGCUUGUGUUGACUAUGCAAACAUCCAUAGCUGGAUCCCUUAUUUCUCUGUGGAUCGGCUUGCACCGCUGCCAGGAGCCGCUCCUGGUGCAGCUAUCCGUUACCCAGCCACUGGACGACCCAGAGUCUACCAUACUCCUACGCACUUGUACCUCGAGUUCUGGCACAUCGCACGCCUUUGCCGCAAAACAGAUCAACAACCCCAAGAAAUGGAAAGAAUUAUACCAGAUAAGGCUUGAAACUGCGUCUGCAUGUGUUAUCACCGGCACUAAAGUCCAGGACAAACUGAAACUGGCUAUUGGGGGCAGCAAUGAACGAAACAGUAUCCAUGCUACUCGCCUUCUUGACGGCAUGGAGAUGUUCUUCAGCGCGAGAGAUAACUGUGACGAGAACUUUCUGUUUGCCUAUUAUAACGGGACCGCUGCGGGGCUUUACAUUGGCCCUGGUCUGGGUAAACCUACUGCGAAAUCAGCGCUCAGCGCCCUGUCUAACCAUCUACGGACCCGUGGUGCGGUGAUGACAGCGACCUUACAGCAGUCCAGAAGACAGCCUCCGAAUGGAGCAAAGGGAACUGCGUAA